CCCCCGAAGAAGCAGACCACCACCACCUCAUUCAAUCAGCAGUCCUCAUUUUAUCAGAGGGGGAAGGGAGGAAGCGGUUGCGUGUUCGCGGAGAAGCAGAGACCAAACCCUCUCCUCCUCGCGCGGGCACCGGGCGGAGAGGGAGGAGGGGCGCGCGGAGGACGAAGGCCGCCAGCAGCCAGCCGCGUCGACCCGAGCCGCCGGCCAAGAGGAAGAGGAUACUAAGGAUCUACGGCACGAAGACCAGGCCGCCCUUCACUCUCACCUACAAACGAUUGGCUACCGGCGGUGGCGCUCCGAGAUGCCAUCCUACCUAACAGCAAGCAGCCAAGCAGCAAUCAUUCAACAGUAGCACAAGCAUUCAAGGUCAAGCGAGCAGCAGGAACACAAGGAUUCAAAGAGCAGCACAACAUAGGUAGCAAGCAGCAGCAGAUCAGGUAUUCAAAGAGCAGCAGCAGCUCAAUGGAAGAAAAUCAGAAAAAAAUAUGAAAAGGUUGGAGAGGCUGCCGGGAUUGGGAACUUGGUUACCUGCCGUUGGGAGGAGAGGCUGCUGGAGCUGGGUAGCAGUCGCUGGUAGAGUCCAGGCGUCGACGGUGGCAGCAGCGAGUCCAGGAGGCGGCGGUGGCGGCCCAUUGGCUGCUGCCUGCGAGGCUGUGGGCAGCUUGUUCUUUUGUGGAGAGCGUGCGUGCGACACCUGCAAAAUAGGGUUUGGUGUUGGGCUGUAGCUGUUUUUCGGCUGACCGUGUCCCCAAUGUAUCAUGCACGUAUCCCAGCCGUGCCCCUGUAUUUUUAUUUUUUUUAAUUCGCAAAUUGUGGGAUACUGUGGGAUACGUGUAUCCUGGCGUAUCCUCGUAUCCUGGCGUGUCAGGACGGCCAAUGGGCAAGUUUCGCUGUAUCAAUCCUUCUUAGAUUACCCAGGUACAUUAUUCAGUUGAUGCUGCCAGAUAGGAUGGCUAGUUGAUCAUGUUUGACGAGUAAAGUGUAUUUUCACCGUUCUUCUUAGUUCCUACUCUUUCAGUUCAUGAAACCUGUAUGUAUUUGACCUGCCCACUAAAGCCCUUGGAAAUUUUCUUGAUUCCUACCUAAAAAUACAUUCAUGAAAUGAGUUGUUUGUGCUCCCAGUUCGACAUCAGGCAACUCUUUUGUUUCUAUUUAUUUGUUUUUUGCUAGCAGUUUUUUUUCCUGGAUAACAGAAACCGGUAAAAAUGUACUCUCAAAACCAUCCACACACCAUGUAAUACGAGCUAUCUGAAUUUUGAUCAUUUAUGUUUGAUUUUUGUUGCUCAAAAAUCAGGUCAGCGCUCACAAUUUCUUGUAUAUGUGAGAAUGAAGAGUAAGAAUGCUGCAUCUAAAUUUAUAUAAUGGAAAUAUAGUUUAUGCUGUCUCUAAGUGAUCACAGAAAAAGAUCAUGUGAUAUGUAUAACUCGUGCUAGAUCUCAGCCUUCAAGUGUACCUUCAUCGUGUGAUGCUAUUACCGUUAGAUCAUGGAAGGUACUCUUCCAUUGUGCCAUCGACACUGGUUGUUUAUAUGUUCCACCCAACAGAGCAUACAAGUUGUACAGCCUUGGAUUAUUCUUAGAGGCAGAAAUGCUUUAUAUGUUAAGAGCACACCACUGGUGUCCUUUCCUUUGAUGAUUAUGCAUGAAAUUCUACAUCACUUGCUGCAUCUUCAGGUUAGAGUGAGAUUCGGCUUCCAAAAUAGCCACAUUCUUCAAAGCAGCGAUUAAGAUUUGUUAGAGUUGGAGUUCAAUAUUUGGGGCCAUGAUUCCAUUUCGUUGUUUGUUUGACUUCAACUUGGGCAAUUGUGGGAAUUAGGUUGGGUAAGCAAUUGCCGUUUUCUCCAAUUAUCUGAUGACCUGGUACCCAGAUUAAGCAAACAUCUGAUCAGACUGUACAUGAGUCAUGGCUGGGCAUCAUUAUCACAAUUCCCAGAUUUCAAGAAUGGAUCGUACGAACCAGCCACGUAAUGAACCUCCGCCUUUUGGUCAAAAGUUAUUUAUGCAUCCUAGAGGUGAUGCACCUAAUGGAGCGGGACCAUCAGGUUAUGGGGUUACAACUGUGAGAUCUAAUGAACUUCCAUCCUCAAGCUAUGCCGGUCAGUCUUAUGGUCAGCAGAUGGGAGCCCCUGGAACCUUGCAUGCUUCCCAUGCUGGUUAUCCUCCUGCUGGAAGCUCUAGUAGCAGCUAUGCACCAUACAAUACUCAACACGUGCCUUCUUUAAGCUAUCCGCAUAGAUCGGAGGAUAGUUUUAUUCCUGGAGUCCAUGUGGAUGACAGAAGGGUUGCACCGAAGCGGAGAAAUCCCAUCACUCAUCCUGUGGAUGGUGUAAGUGCUGGAGGCUAUUAUCCUGGCAGUUCUUCCAAUAAUCAGUUCUCUGGUUACGUGCCCCUGAAUCCUGUUCCUACUCGUGAAACUUGCCCUCCACAAAUAAGUUCAAACAUGGGUUCCAGCCACUGGAACGAUCAUCAGUUUCUUAAUCAUGAAGGAUCUCAGAGGAAUGUGAGGGGACGCCAUGAUCAUAGUUCUAUCCAUUCGGAAUAUAAUUCAUCUACAGCUUGCCCAUCAAGCAGUGUUCAUGUGCCACCAUACCAUCCAAAUGCAAAUGCUCCUUUUGGAAGUGCACCAGUACAGCGGGAAAGAGCUCCUUUAUCUCUACCUCCCAGAAUUGUUCCUCCAGGGACAGAUGGAAGCACUGGCAUAGCAUUCAGAGAGAGGCCAUUCUAUCCUGCUCCACAGAGCACCAACAUAAGUGCUCCUGUGCCAACACUUCCUGGUUCUUCUGACGUUGCACCAUUUGCUCACAUUGGAUACACUCCUAGACCAGUUCAUCACAACGCUGGCCACAAUUAUCCACCGCCAGCUUUUACAACUUCUUCCAACUCUGGAGCAGUUCGGUGUGAGCCUGCUAACCCUCGCUAUCAACCUGCCAUGACCAGCUAUCCUCCUGCUACUGCUGCAGCAUCAUCAAGUGUCCAGCCAUUACAUGCCGAAGCUGCUGCAUCUUUUAGACAGCCUAGGCACGUCUCUGUAGGGCAUGGUGGUAGUGCAAGGAGUAGAAGGAUGAGGGAUUCCUAUCAUUGUUUUCAUCCUUUGAUGAUUGAGGAGAAUAACCUAGGAAGAUCGGCAGCUGAGCGUUUUAUGAUGCUGGACCAGUUGGUCAUCCAUGAGUCUAGAGAAGCAUUAGAUCCUCACUGGGACAUGAGACUGGACAUUGAUGACAUGAGCUAUGAGGAGCUCCUGGCGUUGGAAGAACGAAUUGGCAAUGUAAACACUGGCCUGGCUGACGAAAAAAUCUCAGGCUGCGUGAUGGAGCUAGCCUGUCGUAAUUCUGCCCGUACACAGAAUGAUCAAGACAAGGAAAGAUGCAUAAUUUGCCUGGAGGAAUACAAGCACAAGGACUCCCUUGGGAAGCUGAAAUGUGGGCAUGACUUCCAUGCGGGCUGCAUCAAGAAGUGGCUGGAGGUGAAGAACGCCUGCCCGGUUUGUAAAGCCGACGCCGCAAAUGAAACCACCUGAGGGACCAAGUAGUGCGCCCCUCCACAUUUAUCAUAGUUCAGGAAUUUCAGUUAUAUCUGCUCAUUGUGCUGCUCAAGUUGGCUGUGUAAAUAAUAAUUAAAGUCCUAAAGUUAGGAUUGUUUUGUGAACUCAAAACAUCGUGCCCGAUGUAAGUAUGAAUCUUUAAGCAAGUUAUGGAUUAAUUAUCCAAAGCCUCU